AUGUGCACAUUGAAGAUGCAAGGAUGUAGCGUCGUUUAAAUAAGCAUAAGACAAAUAAUUCAAUGAAUAUUACUUGUUGAGUAACUUAACAUUGACCCCUAUUUGAAUUCAAAAAGGCAAUUAUUAUAUUAGGUCCCUAGAAUAAUUCACGCUCUCGAAAACAAAACUGUAAAUAUCGAACGAGUGCGUGCAAUGCAAAUAUCUGCUGACGCUGUAUCAAAGGAGGCUUACUGAUGAAUGUCCAUUGGGACAAAGAGCAGAAAAUAUCUUUUCAAUAGUGAAAGAAGAAUGAACACAAAGCAUUUUGCAAUUAUCUGCAUUGUUAUAAUCUGCCUUAAUGCGACACAAGCAGCACGAGGAGGGGGCAGAGGGAAACAAAGAGCUCGAGGAAGGAUCUACAAUUCCCGAAUGCCCGUCAUUAUUCAGCACAGAAAUCCGGCUGCAGCGAGUUACUAUGAUAACAAAGAUGGUGCGAAAAUUGUAAAGGCAAGUCACUUCGAAUUGGAUUACAUGUUAGGAAGAAAAAUCACAUUCUUUUGCAUGGCUAAAGGAUAUCCCAGACCUGAAAUCGUAUGGUUUAAGGAUGGUAUCGAACUUUAUGCCCAUAAAUUCUUUCAGGUACUGAAUAAAUCGACAAUGGUGCACGAGUGGCCAAUAGGAAAUGACACGAUGAAGAGCAAAAUGGAAAUAGACCCGACGACACAGAAAGAUGCCGGAUAUUACGAGUGCCAAGCGAAUAACAAAUACGCCAUCGACAUCCGCGGAUUUCGCACCGACUACGUUAUGGUGGCUUACUAAUUGUAUCAAAUGAAAAAUAAAUGUUGAUCCCUUA